AUGCCCCUCGCACCAACUCCGCUGUCUGGCUGCUCUCUGCGGCGAUUGGAGAUCCACGAUGGAUCCACUUCCACUGUUUACGAUGCUACCCAGCUGGAGAGCUGCUUGACUGCUACCCUGGAAGCACGACGGGCCAUCACCGGAGACGCAAAUGACAUGAUGCUUCAAUCGCACUUGGGGCUACAGCGUGUGCUAUCCAUCCAGCUUACCGAACUCAUCACAUCAUCCAGCAACAUACUAGAGACUAUCACGGUCGACAGGCCCUCCCACCGGAUGUGCAUUCAAAUUCAUCAAAAGCAGCAAACCAUUUUAUUUACCUUUAAGGAGACCCGAGACCUCCAUGUCGUCAUUUACGCCCUAAAGAAAUUCGGGUUCCGGGUCAAAGACGGCAUAUCUGGCCCGCCUCACACUGCCGCUACAAGUCUAGCUCGCUCUCAGUCAUAUCCAACACCUUCGCCAAACGAUUUUGCACCGCGAUUGAGCUCAAUCACUCCAUUAGAUAGACAUGGAAGCUCGCCAACACAAUCGCAAUUCUCCUUUCUUUCAAUGCUUAAUUCAGACGUCCCGCUUACACAGCUGCAGUCAACAGAUGCACAAUAUCAACCUCUUCAAUCUCCGUCAUAUGACUUAUCGCAGCAAUCAAUAUGCCAGAUGAUGCCAAAGAACACUCACGUUGUCUACCAGAAUCCUUAUCAACCGUAUCUCAGCCACCACGGCAAUGUGCAUCAGCCGCGAGUGAGCUCUCCGCUGCGAAACGCCGUCGACGUUAACAGCCAAGAUAUAUCCCCCAUGUCUUCUCUACCGAGUAGUCAAUCUAGCGUCUUUUCGAAUGUUAAAAAUACAGGUUCUUUGCUGAGUGACCGAUCUGUAUCCGAUCCGAAUUCAUCAUCGCAUCCCUGGCGGCAGCCCAUAUGCAUGGACAUGAGUGACUACGACUCAGGAUGCUCCCAAGAGACCCCGCAAGCAAGCCAAGACACUGUUGCUUCCACAGCGGAGGACUCUCAAACCACAGAUGAAGCCAAUGUCUCGUACACGUUGCAAUCUACACAAAAUUUUCGCGCAUUGAUGCCUCGGGCCCGCAAGUUGCCUUUUGCAAGGGACAGAGAAAGCACGACGCCCAGAUCAGAGUCUGCGCUGAAACGAGCACACAUGGAGCAGGGCCGAUGCCCAUGGCCCCAAAUUAUCGAAGUAGCUUGGUUCGAAGACUGCUAUUUCGCGUGGAUGAAGACCAUCGUAGGUACAGAGCGACAGGAGUGGCCCGAGGCUCGUACGGAACGGUCUUGUCUGCCUGAAACGAACUUGAAUAAUGUAUUUCAUAUCGUCCUUGGUGAAUUGGAUGAGUGCCUAGGCUGCAAUGGAGCCAUUGGGAAUAAUCGUGCCACUAUUUUAAACUUUGGGAAAGGGCCUUACGACACAUUGGCGUGGUACGGGGAAAAGUGUGCGGAUAUGCCAUGGGUCAAAAUCGAGGCGGGGGCCAAUGUCAAGACGGAGGUCGACAUCAAGACUGAGUUUGACGAUAGUAUGGAGUUUGAAAUCAAGGCAGAAGUCAAAGUGAAGAUGGGGAGUGAAACGUAA